UGCACAGGCUCACUCUUUAGAUGAAAUGCUUUGUGGGCGGUUUCUUGUUGGCCUUGGCAUUGGUGUUAAUACUGUACUUGUUCCUAUCUACAUUUCUGAGGUUUCGCCUACAAGAUAUAGAGGCUCUUUUGGAAGUCUUUGUCAAAUUGGAACUUGCCUUGGUAUAAUUGCAUCACUAUCUUUAGCACUUCCUUCGGAAAGUGACCCACAUUGGUGGAGGUCCUUGCUUUUAAUUUCCAGUGGCCCUGGUCUUCUUCUCAUGUUGGGCAUGCAAUUUGCAGCUGAGAGUCCACGAUGGCUGUGUAAGGUGGGGAGGUUGGCUGAUGCUGAAAGAGUUGUGCGCAACCUUUGGGGUGAGACUAAUGUUGAGAGUUCCAUGAAGGAAAUUCUAUAUGUAACUGAAAAUAUUAACAAUCCAAAGGCUACAUGGUUAGAUCUUCUUGUAGAGCCACAUAAGAAAGUGGCUUUCAUCGGAGGAUCACUUUUUAUACUUCAACAGCUAGCGGGGAUCAAUGGAGUCCUAUACUUUUCAUCCUUGACUUUUAGUGAUGUGGGUAUAACUAGUGGCUCGUUGGCAAGUUUGUAUGUCGGAAUUACAAAUUUUGCAGGGGCAUUGAUUGCUUUGUACUUGAUGGAUAAGCAAGGAAGGAAGAAGCUGUUAGUUGGAAGCUAUUUUGGAAUGGCAUUUUCAAUGUUUGUUAUAGCUCUUGCUAUCAUUUCUCCAAUGGAUGAAGAUCUUUGCCACACCUUAUCAGUAGGUGGAACUCUUACGUACAUAUUCUCCUUCGCGCUUGGUGCAGGUCCAGUCACAGGUCUAGUAAUUCCAGAACUAAGCAGUGCUCAAAUGCGUUCAAAAAUUAUGGGCUUCAGCUUCUCAAUACAUUGGAUCUUUAACUUCUUGGUGGGACUGUAUUUCCUUGAACUAGUGGAGAAAUUUGGAGUAGCAGCUGUGUAUGGUGUAUUUGGUGCUGUUUCCAUCUGUUCAGCAAUUUUUGCUGCCUGUUUCAUAGUUGAAACAAAGGGACGUUCGCUUGAGGAAAUUGAAUUGUCACUUAAUUCCCCUAUGCAAAGCAGAGGCCAGUGAUCGCAACCACUAACUUUUAACAGUUUUACUAGAGAAGUUUUUGUGGUUGUAUACUUGGAAUGCUUUCUUGCUAUAAAAAUGCAUCAAAGGAAACGGCAUUUUUCACUGAUGGUCAGUUUUCCAAGAUCAAAUCAAAGCCCUGGAACAAAUUGCUGAUAUGACAACAGAUGAAUUGUUCAUGAUCUCAAAUCCUGUUUUUAUUUUAUUUUUUUCUUUUAUUGCUUUUUUGUUGUUUUAGAUAACUUCCGACACAUUUCACAGGUAAUUGUAUUGAAAGGUAUCCUUUUAAGCUAUAUAGUUUGGGAUAUUAAUCGUUUUUA